UCAGGUUCUGUCAAAGUCUUCGGUAGUUACCUAACUGAUAAGUUCCAGUCAACAGCCUAAAAGUUUAAAACUAAAAUUAUGCAUAUUAAAGCUGUUUUAACCGUAUUUUCUGUCCUGCUCUUGGUCUUGGUGGCUGGACAAAAUCGGAACUGCGACGAGUUGACCCGCAGAUGUGAACUCUGCGUGGAAUCAUUGAAUAAUGCACCUGAUCGUAACCUGCCCGUUCUCAAUAAAGAGUGCAGGACUAAGACUCGGAACAAUUGGCGUUGGAGGAAUGUAGGACGUUGUGAGCUCACCAGGCUGAACUGCUUGGGUUCUAAUCGACGCAUGAACUGUAAUGAUAUUGCUGAACUCGCUGGCAUGGAUCGUAUUAAUUAAUAAUGAUAAAAUUGCUUUUAUUAAUAAUA